UUCUACCACAAAAAUACCGCCGCCCAGACAACAGACAAGAUGUUCUUGCCUCAUCUACAUGGAUUCGUUAUCAAUUUCCCAGAUGAGGACUACUCUGAGGAGGCUGAAGAUGAGCUGGAGCACGUGCACCACGUGCUGCUCCGUGAGUUCUCCCGUUUGGGUCGGGUGCUGGGUCGUUGGCAGUUCAAAGGCAUCAUACACCUGGACAAGUACCUGGAGCCUCAUGCUGUUCCUCCUUGUGUAGAUCUAGAGAGGUUAGCUCGGUGGAGAGCUCGGAACUCCUUCAAUCAUGUGUCAACGAUUCUCGUGGAAUUGAAGAGCUGCUGGACAGGGGAUUGCUGCAGUGGCUUUCAUGGUGAUUAUGACAGUGUCAUUGGUGUGCUGCGCAGGGAAUUCCCUGGCCUCGCGGACGCGACCAUUGUGUCAGAUUCGGUGGGAAGGUUGAAAAAGGCCUUGCUCACAUGUGCUGUGCAGGAAGUGGGGCCGGAAGCACCAUAUUCGAGUGGGGACAAUGAGUGGGAGUUCAAUCAGCCUUCUGGGAGAAAGCCAGCAAGAUCACGCAGCCGGUCAAGAGAACGACCAGGGCAAGAUGCCAGAGAGACCACAGACUUGCAGGAAAAGCUGCGGAGGAGUGAAGCGGCAUUAGACAGAGAACGAGCAAAGCGAAGACGCCUGGAGGAAGUGUGGGAUUCUUUGGUCAGACUAGAUUUGAAGGAGAUCCUGAGCCAAGUAAGUCAACUUCAAGAGGUAAAGGAGGUCACAGAGGAUUCGCUACAAUGCAAAGACGCAGAGGUUCGCGAGCUCAAAGCUCGUUUGUCAAGUGAGAAAGAGAAUCAUCAAGAGUCCUUGAAGCAGCUAGAAGAUGUACAGAAGUUGUUGACUGCAAGCUCUGAAGAAAAUGAGCAGCUCAAGGCUGAAGUGGAACUACUCCAGAAGCGCACCUCCAGCAUUGCCACCACUCAAGGUGCAAUAUGGCAGUACAAAGUGGAUGGAUGCUGGCACGCGUUUCCACCUGAAGGCAACGAUCAAAUCAAUGAGGCAUAUUUAACAUACCUCCGUGAUCCACUCAAAAGCUUAGUAUUCAUCAACUCUGCCGGCAUCACCCGCCGAGUUGAUUUCAAGGCUAUGCUGCAAAGGCGCGGUGACAACGGCUGCGUGCGGCACAUUCGCAUCGUACCUGGCGUGCCAGAGCAAUGGACAACGCCGCCCAGAAGGUUGCUGUUGCCAGAGGUUGGUCAGCCUGACUCCUUCUAUAUCAAGGUGACAGAUAUGAACAUUCAUGCCAAAGUGCGUGAUAUUCUGCAACAGUCAGGUCAUGCAUGCAACGACAAUCUCAUUUGCUCAUGCAUGAGCACAGCUAAAGUGAUUUCGGUGCACAGGAUUGAGAACUGGAGCCUUUGGCAAGGAUACAAGGCAACGCGUGCCGCUUUGCGACAAAAACAUGCUAACUUCAAUAUUUCAGCCACUCCUGUAGACCUGGAUUUGGAUGGCAGUGGCACAAAGAUCAUGACCAGUCACCAAGCUGCUUUCAACUGCGGAGAUCCUUUGGAAGAGGAUCUGCAGGAGAAGAUACUGCUGCAUGGCACAAGAUGGGACAACGUGGAUUCUAUCAUUCUGAAUGGCUUUGAUCCUCGAACAUCCCGUCGCGGCAUGUAUGGCGAGGGGGUUUACUUUGCAGCAGCAGCUUGUAAGAGCCACCAGUACACGUGCGGGAAGCAUUCGUCGUGCUGCGGCUGCAAGCUGGAACGCACCUUGAUCAUUGCUCGUGUUACACUUGGUGAUGCAUAUGCGGCAGAGAAGACAAGGCGCAAGGAGCGAAGACCACCAGUGCGAGACAGUGCUCUUGGACUUCUUUAUGAUUCUGUCGUGGUCAAUCCUGGGCCAAUCGAUGGACAUCACAAUGAAACACAGACUCAUCAGGAGAUGUUGAUGCAGCACUGGCAGCUGGCGGCCAUCAUCCCUAUCCCCACCCUGCUGGCGCUUUGGGGCGGUUGGCGAGAAGGAAAGCGCUUCAAUACCAAGGCCUUGCUUCGAAGCGUUCUGGUGCUGUUGUUGGUGUCAUCGAUCAUGGGCCUGGGACUCUUCCAGGCCUCAGUGUUGAGCAUUGUGGCAGGGAGCCUGGCCUUGGUUUGGCUUCCCCUGGUGCUGAUCCGCCACUGGUUGGCGCAUCCACUCAAAGAUCUCAGCCACGGGGGUGAAGAGGCGGCUCCCCGCGGCGGAAGCCCGGAGGAAGAGGCGGCCGUUGCGGCUUACACCGCGGAGGUGCAGGUGUGACGGAAGCCCGAGUGAUCCAGCUGAAUGUCAGGGCCUCCCAAUGCGAAAUCGAGCAG